CUCAAAAGAGUCUUGUUUGGGAGAUUGAGAAAAUAAAGAAAAAUGGAAGACACACUUUCUGCUUUGAGGUCUUUGAUGGCUUCUCACUCUCCACCUCUUGAUGCUCUAGUUGUUCCCUCCGAAGAUUAUCACCAGAGUGAAUAUGUAUCUGAACGAGACGAGCGCCGCGCAUUCGUUUCCGGCUUCACUGGAAGUGCUGGUUUGGCACUUAUAACAAAGGAUGAAGCACUGCUGUGGACCGAUGGACGAUACUUUUUGCAGGCUGAACAACAACUUAGUGAUCAGUGGAGGCUAAUGCGUAUUGGUGAAGAUCCUGCUGUAGAUGCCUGGAUGGCCGAUAACUUGCCAAAAGAUGCGUCCAUUGGGGUUGACCCUUGGUGCAUAUCAAUUGAUACCGCCCAAAGAUGGGAGCGUGCUUUUGCCAAAAAACCGCAGAAGCUGGUUCAAACAACAAAAAAUUUGGUAGAUGAAGUAUGGAUAAAUCGCCCACCGGCAGAGAUUAAUGCUGUUAUUGUACAACCAUUGAAAUUUGCAGGUCGCUCUGUUGCUGAAAAGUUGAAAGAUUUGAGAAAAAAGCUUGUGCAAGAGCAAGCUCGUGGGAUAGUUUUCACAGCACUUGAUGAAGUUGCAUGGUUGUAUAAUAUUCGUGGAAGCGAUGUGGCAUACAAUCCCGUUGUUCAUGCAUUUGCUAUUGUGACAACCAGUUCUGCUUUCGUUUAUGUGGACAAACGAAAGGUGUCUGACGAGGUAAAAAAUCAUUUAGAGGAGAAUAGAAUUGAAAUUCGAGAGUAUACAGCAGUAAACUUUGAUGUGGCAUUGCUUGCAACGAAUGAGCUUGAUGCUGUGUCUACUGCCAAGGGUGCUGUAGCUGAAGUUACAAAGGAGGCCGAAAAAAAUGCCAGUGAGAUCAAUAAGAGUGUAAAUGGGAAACAUCAAGCAGAAGAAAAUAGUAAUGAUCUCAUAUGGGCUGAUCCGGGUUCAUGCUGUUAUGCACUGUAUUCAAAAUUGAACCCUGAUACAGUUCUCUUGCAGCAGUCACCUUUGGCCCUUGCGAAAGCUUUAAAGAAUCCAGUGGAAUUGGAUGGGUUAAGAAAGGCACAUAUUCGGGAUGGUGCAGCUGUUGUGCAAUAUCUUGUCUGGCUGGAUAAGAAGAUGCAGGAUAUUUAUGGAGCAUCUGGUUACUUUGUGGAGGAGAUUUCUGUUAAAAAGGAAAAACAUUUGCAGUCCUUGAAAUUGACUGAGGUGACUGCAAGUGACAAGCUUGAAGGUUUUCGAGCAUCAAAAGAGCAUUUCAGAGGAUUGAGUUUCCCUACUAUUUCCUCAGUUGGCCCAAAUGCAGCUAUCAUUCAUUAUUCUCCACAGGCUGAAACAUGUGCUGAGCUUGAUCCAGACAAAAUUUAUCUUUUUGAUUCUGGAGCCCAGUAUCAAGAUGGAACAACUGAUAUUACGCGAACAGUUCAUUUCGGGAAACCUUCGGCACAUGAAAAAGCAUGCUAUACAGCAGUCCUAAAGGGUCACAUUGCUCUUGGAAAUGCUAGAUUUCCUAAUGGAACAAGUGGUCAUGCCCUUGAUAUUCUUGCUCGAAUUCCUUUGUGGAAGGAUGGUCUUGAUUAUCGACAUGGUACUGGGCAUGGUAUUGGAUCUUACCUAAAUGUUCAUGAAGGACCUCAUUUAAUCAGUUUCAGACCACAUGCUCGAAAUGUAUCGUUGCAAUCUUCCAUGACCGUUACAGAUGAACCUGGUUACUACGAGGAUCAAAAUUUUGGGAUAAGAUUGGAGAAUGUGCUUAUUGUCAAGGAGGCUGAUACAAAAUUCAAUUUUGGUGAUAAAGGUUACUUAUCUUUUGAACACAUUACCUGGACACCAUACCAAACGAAGUUGAUUGACCUGAACCUUCUAAUGCCUGAUGAGAUAAAUUGGCUGAACUCCUACCACUCCACAUGUAGAGAUAUUCUGGCGCCACAUUUGGAUGAAGCUGAAAAUGCAUGGCUGAAGAAAGCCACUGAACCUGUAGGUGUAUGAGCUGUAUUGAGUUGAGAAGUUAUCAAUUUCGUUACUUCAGCAUAAUAUCUGCAUUGUCUUCAGGAAUGCAUAUUAUAUACUGUAAUCUAGAUUUUAGAUGUCCUGUUGGGAUGGCUAUUCCUUCAAUUCAAGUAUACAGCAUAGAUAUGACUAUGGUGCUCAUAAUAAGGUGUAAUGUUGUUGAAUUGGUUUAUCCACUUGCCAUCAGUUCUUUUGUUUCGCCUAA